AUGACACUCUUAGCGCCCCGUACGACACUCUCAACGCCCCGUACGACACUCUCAGCGCCCCGUACGACACUCUCAGCGCCCCGUACGACACUCUCAGCGCCCCGUACGACACUCAGCGUCUCGUACGACACUCUCGGCGCCCCGUAUGACACUCUUAGCGCCCCGUACGACACUCUCAACGCCCCGUACGACACUCUCAGUGCCCCGUACGACACUCUCAGCGCCCCGUACGACACUCUCAGCGCCCCGUACGACACUCUCAGUGCCCCGUACGACACUCUCAGCGCCCCGUACGACACUCUUAGUGCCCCGUACGACACUCUCGGCGCCCCGUAUGACACUCUCAGUGCCCCGUACGACACUCUCAACGCCCCGUACGACACUCUCAGUGCCCCGUACGACACUCUCAGCGCCCCGUACGACACUCAGCGUCUCGUACGACACUCUCAGCUGUGCCCCGUACGACACUUUCAGUGCCCCUACGACACUCUCAACGCCCCGUAUGACACUCUCAGUGCCCCGUACGACACUCUCAGUGCCCCGUACGACACUCUCAGUGCCCCGUACGACACUCUCGGCGCCCCGUACGACACUCUCAGUGCCCCGUACGACACUCUCAGUGCCCCGUACGACACUCUCAGUGCCCCGUACGACACUCUCGGCGCCCCGUACGACACUCUCAGUGCCCCGUACGACACUCUCAACGCCCCGUACGACACUCUCAGCUCCCCGUACGACACUCUCAGUGCCCCGUACGACACUCUCAGUGCCCUGUACGACACUCUCAGCGCCCCCGCCCCGUACGACACUUUCAGCGCCCCGUACGACACUCUCAGCUCCCCGUACGACACUUUCAGCGCCCCGUACGACACUCUCAACGCCCCGUACGACACUCUCAGCGCCCCGUACGACACUCUCAACGCCCCGUACGACACUCUCAGCUCCCCGUACGACACUUUCAGCGCCCCGUACGACACUUUCAGCGCCCCGUACGACACUCUCAGCUCCCCGUACGACACUUUCAGCGCCCCGUACGACACUCUCAGCGCCCCGUACGACACUCUCAGCUCCCCGUACGACACUUUCAGCGCCCCGUACGACACUCUCAACGCCCCGUACGACACUCUCAGCGCCCCGUACGACACUCUCAACGCCCCGUACGACACUCUCAGCUCCCCGUACGACACUUUCAGCGCCCCGUACGACACUCUCAACGCCCCGUACGACACUUUCAGCGCCCUGUACGACGCAGCGCCCCACACGCAGCCCGUCCUCGCGUACAAAGAAACCAAGCUCUAUACAACCUCCUGCAUGGGUGCCUCGCUGCACACCCCGGGUUCACACGACAAUUCAGCAUUAGAGACGAUGCAUCGAAUUUCCCCCCAUGAGUAUGGUGACACUGUUAAUAAGGUGACGGGCAGCCCUCUGGAACAAUAUGGCGACCUCACACAAUAA